AUGGGAUUCAUCGAGAAUAUAAAAGACUUUCGAAAGUAUUCGAACCAAUAUCUAGCCGCUUUCACUGGAACGCUGCUUAUGCUAUCGGUGGCAGCAUCGUACGGUUGGACAUCGCCCACCCUGCCCAAGCUGCUGGCCGACGACUCACCCCUUCCGGUGACACCCGACGAGAGUUCCUGGGUUGUGUCGAUCCUCGUGCUCACCUCCAUCGCCGGUCCGGUUCUAUCGGCGUGGUUAAUCGAUAAGUUUGGCCGUAAGCUAACCUUGCUGCUUGCCGUACUGCCCAGCAUCGUGGGAUGGAUACUGAUCGGCGUUGGCGAAUCGGUCACGGUGCUGUUCAUAUCACGAGCCCUCAGCGGCAUCUCCUACGGUAUGGCUUACUCAUCCAUGCCGCUCUAUUUGGGCGAGAUCGCAUCCGAUCGGAUACGUGGAUCGAUCGGUACGCUGCUGACGGUGAUGGCCAAAACGGGCAUUCUGCUCGAAUACGCCAUCGGUCCGUACGUUGCCUACAGUACACUGGCCUGGAUUUCGAUCGCCUUUCCGGUUACCUUCUUUGCGCUGUUCCUGUGGCUACCGGAAUCACCGUACUAUCUGCUCGGUAAGGAGCGAACGGAGCAAGCCGAGCAGAACCUUCGCUGGUUGCGACGUACUAGCGAUGUCCAGACCGAACUGGCUAUGAUGCAGGCAGCGGUCGAGCGGUCAAAACGCAACCGGGGCACCUUUCGCGAUCUGCUGAAUCGCGGAAAUCGGCGCAGUUUGAUCAUUAUCCUGGGACUUGGUGCUCUGCAGCAGCUUUGCGGUAGCCAGGCCGUGAUCGCGUACUCGCAGCAAAUCUUCGAUCAGGUCAACAUCGGUCUGAAAGCGCAGGAAUCGUCCAUCAUCAUGGCCGUCAUUCAGCUCGUCACGGCAGCCCUCUCUUCCUCGAUCGUCGAUCGCAUCGGACGCCGACCGUUGCUGCUGUUCUCCACCGUUGGCUGUGCGAUCGGGACGUUCAUCGUCGGGCUGUACUUUUUCCUCGAUCAGCAGGAGGUUGACGUGGACGGGAUCGGUUGGAUACCGCUCGUUGUGAUCAUGCUGUAUAUCGUGUGCUACACGAUCGGACUGGCGACCGUUCCAUUUGCCAUUCUGGGUGAGAUCUUCCCGGCGAACGUGAAAGCGGUGGCGGCCGCUAUCUACACCAUGUUUGCCGGUUCCGUCGGUUUCGGUGUAUCCAAACUGUACCAGUUAAUAUCGGAUGAAGCGGGAACGUACGUUUCCUUCUGGAUUUUUGCCGCCUGUUCGGCCGCAUUCGUCGUGUUCGUGUUUGCGCUCGUACCGGAGACGAAAGGGAAACCACUGGAUCAGAUACUGAUCGAAAUGCAUACCGCUACCAGCAGGAAUAUCAACUGCUUCCGCCAGAGAAAAAACACGAAGCACCAGGACCACUCUUCGGCAGACAGUGUUCCGUAA